AGCAUUGGGAGUGGCUGUAUUAAGACGAUGGCUUCCUUUCUUUGACAGCGUUAAUACGAUGGAGCAUUCGACAAGCGAUUGCUCCCACAGCGUGAACAAGACCAGUUGAGGGGGUUAGCUUGCCAAAGUAGCUUGUGCUAACGCUGUCUAGCCGCUUGAUGUGUGUGUCCCCAAUUCCCCCUGUCAACCUGUCCAAACAAGGGGUGGCGGUAACGACCAUUUUGAUCUCUUUUUAAAUCAUAGACAUCCCUCCCAAGUAGCGUUACGUUAGUAUUAAACGUAAGGUGGCUGGCGACGACUUCACACGUCAAGUGCGCGAAGCAAACUCGACAACCUAUGGAUCACCGGCUGCUGUUAGCUUGCCAGUGUAACCGCACCGCAGGCAGAGCUUUGCAGGCAGAUCUCUUCAAUCAACAGUUCCUCCAGCAUUGGCAUCCAUCACUGCUGCACUGCUAAGCUUACCUUGACUUGCAUUAUUGCCCAAAACCAACCAGCAAGGAUGUCCCAGCUUCAGUUUCAGUGUCCGGGUAACCCCAUGUCUGCUGCCGCCACCCCAUUGCAUAUUGGGCAACCCCAGCCCGGCUACAGCAUCCCCUGUGCCUCAGGCACCCUGCCGUCAGAGAGUGCCAGCCAGCCCCUCAGGAGCUCAGCUCUGCCUUUGGGCUCAGCCACUCCCUUUAGCCCCACCACAGUAUCCAACAUGGCAAACCCUAAAGAGAAGACCCCCAUGUGUCUGGUGAAUGAGUUAGCCCGUUUCAACAAGAUUCAACCCGAGUAUAAGCUGCUUUGUGAACAAGGACCGGCUCACUCCAAGAUUUUCUCAGUGAGACUCACGCUGGGAGAUCAGCAUUGGGAGGCAGAGGGGACCAGCAUCAAGAAAGCCCAGCAUUCCGCUGCUGCAUCUGCCCUUGCUGAGACAACGCUCCCCAAACCCACUGUGAGGACACCCCGCAACACAGGCAAGAACCCAGCGGACUGCAUGACACACACCAUGGAGCUGAAUGCGCUAUGUAUGAAGCUUGGAAAGAAACCCAUGUAUAAACCCAUCGACCCAUACCCGGGAAUGAGACCACAAAACUUCAAUUACAACAUACGGGCUCCUGGUCCUUACCAACGCUCUAUGCAACAGUAUUACUACCCAUUCCCACCUGUGGGACCAAUGUUGUAUCACAUGGAGCUAUCUAUUGGAGGCCAGCAGUUCCACGGCAAGGGGCGCACACGCCAGCUAGCCAAACACGACGCUGCUGCUAAGGCCCUGAAAGUGCUGCAGAAAGAGCCAAUAUUACAACAGCUACCAGUGAUGAAUGGCGAACCUGAGGAGGAGAACCUCAACAAAUCGGAAAUCAGUCAAGUCUUUGAAAUUGCACUUAAGAGAAAUUUACCUGUCAACUUUGAGGUUUUGAAGGAGGCAGGCCCCCCUCACAUGAAGAGUUUUGUAGUGCGGGUCAUGGUGGGUGAGUUUACUGGACAGGGUGAGGGAAAAAGUAAAAAGAUUGCCAAGAAGCUGGCAGCAGCAGCAGUGCUGGAGGAGCUGAAGAAGCUGCCCCACAUACCCAGUGUGGAGAAGAUGCAACCACGCAUUAAAAAGAAAACCAAAUCCAUCAUUAAGCUUCAGACCAGCCCGGAGUAUGGUCAAGGCAUGAACCCCAUCAGCCGUUUGGCUCAGAUCCAGCAAGCCAAGAAGGAGAAGGAGCCAGAGUAUAGCAUGGUGACAGAGAGGGGCCUCCCACGGCGAAGGGAAUUUGUCAUGCAGGUGACAGUUUGUGGUCAGUGUGCAGAGGGCAUGGGACCUAGCAAGAAGGUUGCCAAGAGGAACGCAGCAGAGAAAAUGUUGGAGCUCUUGGGAUAUAAAGUGCCUCAGCCUCAGCUCCCCAAACCGGCACUCAAAACGGACGAGAAGGUCCCAGUAAAGAAACCUUCAGAUGGGCGAAAAGUGACCUUCUUUGAACCUGGCUGUGUGGAGGAGGUGACAAUGGGUUCCAAGGAGGAGGACUUCCGCCUGCCUUACCUCAGCCACCAGCAGCUGCCUGCAGGCAUUCUGCCCAUGAUGCCAGAGGUUGCCCAAGCAGUUGGGGCUUGCCAGGGACCCCAGGCCAAGGACUACAGUCGGGCUAUGCCCAACCCAGCCAAGGCCACAAUCACUGCCAUGAUUGCCAACGAGUUGCUUUAUGCAGGGACCUCCCUGACUGCUGAGACCAUCCUCAAGAACAAAAAUAGCCUGAGCCAAUUACCCCACGGACCCCUUACCAGACCUUCGGAGCAGCUCGGCUAUUUGGCGUCUGUGCAGGGCUUGCAGGUGGAAUAUAAAGACUUCCCCAAAAACAAUAAAAACGAAUUUGUGUCGCUGAUUAACUGCUCUUCCCAGCCACCCCUCAUCAGUCAUGGUAUUGGGAAGGAUGUAGAGUCCUGUCAUGACAUGGCUGCACUAAAUAUACUGAAGUUACUGUCAGAGUUAGACCAGCAGCCUAAUGAAAGGACAGGAAAUGGACCAAUCUCUGGGUGCGGCAAGCAAGACAUGGAAGGUGACUCACUCAUCAAACAGGCUAACUCAAGCACCUUGGCACAGACUCUGGAUGGCACUGUUUAAAUGCACAGGUUCGGUUGUGUGAAAAAGCACUAGAGAAAACUCAGACACUGUGUUCAUGGGCUGUUUUAGAAGACUGCAGAAAGCUCAAGGUACUGUAGGCUCUAAACCGUCACUGUCCAUAUUCGUUGUCCUGAAGUGUUCACAGUUAAACAAGAUCGAUAGAAAAGCGCUUCUAAUGUUGUUUAAUUGUACACAUUAUUUAUUCUUUUUUUUUUCUUUUUUUUUUGUCGCUUUGUAGAAAAUGUACUGUAGCUGCAUCCUAGUCACAAAAGGCGGCGGCGGCGGCAGGGGGGGGGUUCACUCAAAUAGGAUGAAACUGUGAACUGUGAACAAAAAAAUUCUUUUGAAUUUAAUAUUUCUCUCUUUUUAUUUCCCCCUUGACGAGACUAACUUUCUCGUUUGUAAGUGUUUUACGAUUUAACCCCCUUUUUACGAGGCGAGUCGUUUUAAGUGGAUCGUUGAAGGUCGAAGGCCCUACGGAAGUCUGGGGUGCAGCUAGCGAACCACUGUUGAUUUUCCUUGAGUGCUUUAUAUCAACAACCGCAAGGCGAAGUGUUUAUCUACAUUACCAUGUAGGGCUGGGAAGGCUUCGUGACUCAAUGUAGCGUGUGUGUGAUGUUAUUUGAUGUUGUCGCCACUGCGUGUGGUGAGGCAGUAUUAAGUCUGUUGUUGCGUACGGUCUAAGCACGAUGUGACCUCUUACCCUUGUUGCCAUGACACCCAUUGCCCUCCCUCAUGUCAUACCCCCCCCCCAUCCUCCCUCUGCUCCCCAUGGAAUGUAAGUAAAACAUGUGCUAUCACGCACAA